AUUUCUUUCAAGAUCCACCAAAUGCCGGCCUCUGCAGCUGUCAAAGAGCACGAAGGCUCGUACAAACAUACCCCUGUCAUGAUGUAAGUGGUGUUAGAACGCCAUCCCGUCUGCAGCGUCCCAGAGAUCACUCUCAAUCGCACAGCGCCAUUUUUCGUUCCAAGUAAGAUGUCUAGAUAUCAGGUGCCUCGGAGGUAAUUAAGGUUUGAGUUUGGAAGGCAACUGCAUAAGGUACCCCCAUUACGAUCGCGGGGCAGUCACAGCAGCCUGACUACCAAUACCUACCCUCACUGCCCUGAUCAGAUUUGAUGGUUUUCUCCUUGCACCAAACCUUUCACCUAUCCUCCUAUCUUUUUUGAACUCAUCCUCGACGAUACCACAUUUGGAUGGGUGGUUUUUUAUUAGCACACUGCAUCCCAUACCCUUGACGGCACCCCCCUGCUGCACUCUGCCGGCCGUGUGCCCUUCCUUUCUGCCCCCCCGCGCAACCGCUCGCUGCCGCCGCUUGGCCCCCCCAGACUUUUGAGGUGAGGGCUCAGCGCAGCGCAGCACUGACACCUCCUGCAACCCGGUCGAUCUGAGCCGCCGCUUUUGCCCAUUGAUCACAGACGAUCGUCUCGUCCUGCCGACGUCUUUUCUCCGCCUCUUGUCCUCGUCGUCCAGCUGCUGCUGCCGCCGUUCCGCCCCCAGACGGCGCAAACGAAUGAAACCCUGAUCAUAGCCGCUGUCUUGUUCGACAUUGCCAGGGCACCAUCAUCAAGUCUUCACACGCACAAAAGGCACGGACCACAGCUUGAGGUGACUGCACUACCGUUACCCAUAUUUGGUGUUCCCCGGUGCCAUCUCUUCCAGUGCCUUUGUGUGGGCCGACCUGAUCGCUCACCCGCACCCCGCGUCUGGCUUCUCACCGAUCACAAAAAGGAAUUCAUUCUGUUUCCCAUCUGCUGCGAAAUUGCAAUAACUCUUCGGACUCAGGUCAUACGAGACAUAUUAUCUUCUUAAUUUUGCGCCGCCAGGGCCAUCUCUGGGCCCAGCAGCUCACUUAAAACAAGCUCACCAACGACCUCGAGCCCUCUCUUUAUCAUCUACACAACAGCCCGGCCCACCUACCAGUUUUCACUUAACAUCGCGGCGUCGUUGACGAAUCAUGGCGGGGUUAUUCAAGCGAGUGUACGACUGGCUGUUACGGACCUUCUGGGCCACCGAAAUGGACGUCACCAUGAUCGGUCUGCAGAAUGCGGGCAAAACAUCUCUGCUUCGGGUGCUGUCGGGCGGAGAGUUUGCCAUAGACUCGAUACCGACAGUGGGCUUCAACAUGAAGCGGUUGCAACGGGGGCAUGUGACGCUCAAGUGCUGGGACUUGGGUGGGCAACCCCGCUUCCGUCCAAUGUGGGAGCGAUAUUGCCGGAAUGUCAACGCUAUCGUGUUCAUUGUCGAUAUUGCCGACGUGGAUGUGCUUCCCAUGGCCCGCGAAGAGCUACACUCAUUAAUGAGCCAGCCAAGCCUGGAUGGUAUUCCAUUGCUUGUUCUCGGAAACAAGUCGGAUCUUCCAAACAAGCUCACUGUGGAUGAGCUCAUCGACGCCAUGGAUCUUAAGAACAUUGCGCAUCGAGAGGUGUCGUGCUAUGGCAUCUCGGCAAAGGAGGAAACCAAUCUGGAGGCGGUUCUCCAGUGGCUGAUGAAGUUUGCCAACAGCAAAAAAUGAUUUCGUUUCUGUGAUAUACGACACAUCGCCCAGCGCCUAGCUGGGUCCAGACAGGAGCCGCAAGGCUAAGGUGGCAUGAUUAGCAACAUAACUCAUACAGCAACAUAUGAAAGUGGCGCCUGUCACUUUUCUCGGGGCAGUUGGGAUGGACGGGAUGGGUUAUCAGCGGGCCAGGGCGUUUUCUUGUCUUUUUUGCGCGUAUUUCGGGGAAGAGGAACUGGCGCGAAGCCUCGGUGUAUUGGAUAGUUCGGUGUAUUUUUGGUCUUUUUGUUUUGUUUCUUGCGUGGCUGUUUCAUGGAACCACCACCACCACAUUUAAUCUUUGACGACGUAUGAUGAUGAUAUGGCAAACCGAGCGGGUCGUUUUCCAAUUGUGCUGUAGAAUAGUGCCUUUGCGCGUAUCUCUGAGAGCAAC